GGCGGCCGCUCUUAGGCCGGCGGCGCUCUCGUUGGUCUGGGCGGACCGGAGAAGAUGGCGGCGCCCAUGGAGGUGGCGCUGGUGACGGACGCCGCCGGGCCGCUGAGCAAUUGCUCGGUGUGGGAGCUGCACUCGGGCUCCGCGCUCCCCGGCUACCGGGGCGGCAACAGCGGGGCGCGGGGCCUGGCGCUGCUGGGCGGGGAGCACCUGCUGGGGGCGCAGCUGGGCAAGGGCUACAUCAACGUGUGGGAGCUGCAGAGAAAGGACCAACUCCAGCAGAAGAUCAUCUGCCCUGGGCUGGUGACCUGCCUGACAGCUUCCCCUAAUGGUCUCUACAUCCUGGCAGGCAUUGCUGAGAGCAUCUAUCUGUGGGAGGUCUCCAGUGGGAACCUCCUCGCCAUCCUGAACCGACACUACCAAGACCUCACGUGUCUCUGCUUUACCGACGACAGCAGUCACUUUCUCUCAGGGGGCAAGGACUGCCUGGUCCUGGUGUGGAACCUUUACAGCACCCUGCAGGUGGAGCACUCCCAGAUCCCGGAGCCCCGCCACGUGUGGUCUCGACACAGCCUGCCCAUAACAGACCUGUGCUGCGGCUUCGGAGGCCCCCUGGCGCGAGCGGCCACCGCCUCCCUCGACCAGACGGUGAAGCUCUGGGAAAUCUCCUCUGGAGAGCUCCUGCUCUCUGUCCUCUUCGAUGUGGGCAUCAUGGCGGUGACCCUUGACCUCUCCGAGUAUCACAUGUUCUGUGGCGGCAUGGACGGCUCCAUCUUUCAGGUCGACCUCUGUGCCUGGCCUGUUCAGAGAGACCGAGCCUUCCACUCGGAGCGGGAGAACGGGAAGAUCUUCAGGGGGCACAGGAACCAGGUGACCUGUCUGUCCGUCUCCACAGACGGCAGCCUGCUGCUCUCCGGCUCGCAUGACGAAACAGUCCGGCUAUGGGACAUCCAGAGCAAGCAGUGCCUGCGGACGGUGAAUCACAAAGGCCCAGUGACAAACGCCUUCAUCACGCUGGCCCCAGCCAACAUGUUUAACCCAGACAGCAAGCCCGGCGUGCCUCUGCCCAAAUUCAGCAAACACCUGCACGGGACCGAGAGCAGCGAGGAUCAAGGAGCCGAGGGGGUGACGCUGCGCCUCGGCCUCCACCAGCCGGGGGCUGGGGAGAGCUACUUGGAAAAGGCUGAACGGUUGUACUCGCAGAUGUGCUCGACGAGGGAAAAGAACCUGAUGGGAGACCAGGAGCAGCUGAAGAUCCAAGUGACUGAACUGGAGGAUGAAGUCAGCACGCUCCGGAAGAUCAAUAAGAACCUCUUUGACUUCUCUGCCCGCAUCAUCACUAAGACAGCCAAGUGAGCGCUCGCCCCGAGCCCUCGCGCACCCCCGCCCAGCCCUGCAGAGCUCUCGACGGGGAGGUGCCGGUGCCCACGGACGCGUCAGCCCUGCAGUCCACGGGGCCACGCGACCUCCCGUGGAAAUCCACAGCACACGCCAAGCAAACGGGCAUCCACACGCAGACUCAGCCACACAACAGCCGAGCCCAUGUAGGCAGGACGCUGCAUGUGCCGUCAGACGCUCGUUGUCCGCGCAGUCCCCCGUGGCCGUUUUCACACGCAGCCGUCUGCACGCGUCGGGGUAUGCAGGGGAAGUGUGGCGGGAUCUCAGCAGUGUUCUGGACUGAGGGCACCGGGCGCAUGGGAGACCAAACUGGUGCGAAUGGAGAUACGAAAGGGAACUGUUACCAGGUUGUGGGCAGAGGGGUGGCAGAUACAGGGGGACACCCCCCUUCUCGUCCCCUGACUCCCCUUUUUCUUACUCUGCCAUGGUGCACGGACAAAGCAACGGGUGCUUCUUUUGUCUCCUACCACCCUGGAGUUAGGGAGGUGAUUUUGCGUCUCUCUCUCUCUCUCUCUCUCUCUCCCCCAGCGGAGAUGCUGCUGCUGCUUGGCCCUGAAUCCUCUGCACUAAAUUGGCUGGCUGGGGGGCAGGGUUGGAAAUACCCAUCGGUGCCAGAUCUGGGCCUGACAAUCACAGAGCGUGAGCCAGCGGGACACCAACGCCUGCUGGAAGCCCCAGUCCUCUCUCCCCGCCCCCGCCCGUUCAGCUGGCUUGUUUAGUGCGCAGGAGGGAGGGAAGUAGCUUGUAGCCUCCCCAUUGCUGUCCAAGGGGGGGGUUACCCCCCCCCAAACCUGGGAGCAGGGCUGUAUCUCCGGGUGUGAGGUUAACCCUUUGUCGGAGGUGCAUUGGGUGCUACAUGGAUGACGCAUACAAUCGCCUGCGUCGGAGCCGCUGAGUCAAACUCGGCCCCAGCCUGGGAGGUUGCUAUUUUUUAUCAUCAGUCUGGAGCCAGUUCCUUUGUUCUCAGACCGUUUUCUUGGGAAUUUGCCUUUGGACUCUGUCUCCUUUCGUAUCCCGUGUUUGGUUUGAUUGGGGUUUUUUUUUUACAUAAAAAUUGUUUUUAUAGUGAUAUGUG